UCUUCUACUGCCCAGUAGAUCGCUAGAUCUAGAAUCUAGAAUACAAAAGAUCUUUUUAGAUCUAUUUUGAUUGUAAACUAUUGUUUACAUUACUCAACCGGCAGUUGAUAAAUUCAAACAUGAAAUCUAUUCGAGGAAACUUUUCUGGUGACAGCCUUUCUGUUAGUGUUUCUGACGAGCAAACUAUUCCAGAAUUAGGCCCCCAUGAUGUGUUGAUAAAAGUCAAGGCAUGUGCUGUUGACUUGAAUAAAGAAAAGGUAUAUCAUCAGCUUCUUUCUUCAUCAAUUAAAGACUGUCCCAUUGGUCGAGAGCUUUCAGGAGAGAUAAUUAAGGUUGGACCCCUUGUUGAUGAUUGCUACAAGGAAGGAAUGUCUGUUGUUGGAAUUGUACCAUUAGAUUGUAACUUAUCUGGAUGCAGUGAAAUGUGUGUGAUGAAUCAGUUUGAUAUUACUGAAAAGCCUUCAACAGUUAGCCAUGAGGUUGCUGCUGCAGCUAUAGGUGCAGGGCUCUCAGCGUACACAGCAAUUCACUAUCUUGGUCAUGUUACAGCUGGUGAUACAGUGCUUGUCUUGGAUGGAGCAACUCCCCAGGGAUAUUUUACUAUUCAGGCUGCUCAACUGUGGGGAGCAAAGGUUCUUUCAACAUACAAGACCCUUGCUGAAAGGCAGUUUCUUGAAUUAUUGAAACCUCCAGUUGCCCAGUUAAUAGAACUAACCCAGCGAUCAAAUACAAUGUCCAGUUCUGUAACAGAAGAGACAGGUGGCAUGGGUGUAGACUGCGUUGUUGACAAUGGAGUGCGCCUAUUUACAAGCGAAGAAGAUAUUGAUUUAAUGGAGGAAAGGCAUCUUCGGUCUGUACCUCAUAAAGUUGACAUCAUAGCUUGCCUAGGAUUUUCAGGAAAAUGGAUUACUUCACAUCCUCAUUUACAGCUGGAUCCACCAGAUAGUGAGCAACUGUUUCUGCGUGGAGCAUCAGUUUCAUUUCUGUUUCCACCUGCCUGGACUUUGACAAGGGCACAACAUGGCAGAUACCAUCACAUAUUAAAAGACAUUAUGGAGCGACUUGCCGCUGGACAGUUGAAAUGCAGUCAUUUGACAACAGUUCCAUUAAUUAAAGCCACUGAAACACUACUGCAAAAAGACUUGGAUUCAACAAAGUGUAUUGUUGUUAUACCCUAAAAUAUCUCGUUGUUAGCUCUAUAUUUGUAUUUUGGCAAUUAUUAUAGUCUUUAUAAAAAAUUUCCAAAUGUGAUUAUAUAAAGAUAAUAAUUUUACUAAUUGUUUAAUUAAUAUAACAGAAACAAUUUUAUGGUUAUUAAUGGACACCAGCGAGUUGACGAGAUUCCUUCCGUAAUGUUGUUGACAUGGAAUAAAAAUGUGCUUUUUUAGAUUUAGGACCAUAAAACUAAUAAAAGAUAAAAUUUUAUUAAAAACUUAAGCCUAAAAUUAAUUCAGAAAUGUAAUAUUUUUAGAAUCAAUGCUAUACAAGUUGCAGAUCCAGAGAACUUGAAAAUAAUUUGUUGAGUUUAAGGCUACAUUUCUAUUUAUUUUCAUCAAGCCUAAGUUAUAACCCGAUGUUUCACUUUCGUAAGACAAACAUUGAUUGGCUGUAAAGGAACUCCGUGAUCGAUUUCUGACAGCCCCACUUUAUAGUUAUUUUGUUUACAAAACUUUGCAGAUCAAAUUUUUAAAUAACUAUGCAAAUUUAAACACCAUGACCUAUUGUUUCUAUUUUUAGCUUACAAUGUGUACAAUAAAAUUUAUGUCGGCCAUUGUUUAUGUCGCCAUUACACGUGAAAACCAAAUUGUUUUUUCUUUUUUUUAAAUUUUUAUUUAGUUACCGAAAAUAUUAAAAACAUCAAAUACAUCCAAUCUUUAGUAAAGUCCGAAAAAAACCAGACAGACAGGAUUUUAUAACCAUAUUAAUUGUAACUACGCCGUGCAAGAUUUUAAAAUGAAUUUAUACACCUCUCAAAUACCUUUGAGACUUUUCUCGCUGGUGUCCAUUUAAUGUUAUUAAUUUUUUAUGAACCGUAUUAUUAUGAACUAGAAAGCUACUAAUAGUAUAUUUUAAAACAUUUUAAAUAAUAUCAUUAUUCUUAGCCUUAUUGUAAAGUAGUAGCCUACUCCUUCACUUUGAUAUGAUGUAAAUAAUAAUGUUAACAUUAGCAGUAUUUGUAGUGCCUAUGUAAUCAAAUAAUAUUUUAUAGUUUUUAUGUUAUAGGUGUGAGAUGUGGUCUUCCACCUGGUGAGAGUUAAGCGCACAUAAAAUAACUUGAGUAUUUCUAUUUUUAAUGUGUUUUCAAAAAAAAUUACUCUGCAUUCACAUAUUAUUAUUUCCCCAUUUUAUCAUAAUUUUUUUUUUAAAAAAGCUCCUAAUUUAAUUCUAUACUGACCUACAAGAAUUAAUGUGGGUAAUUAAAAAACAUGAAUAUUGAAAUACAAUAGUACCAGGCAAGUAAGUAGAGUAUUUUCACUUUAUGUACAGUUGUAUAAACAGAUUAUUUCAUUUAUAGAUUCUUGUUCAUUUUUUAAAGUGAUAAUAACUUUUUUUUUUUAAAUAAUGCAUACAAAAAAUGGAAAUCUAUAACUAUAAAUUAUUUUGUUACUACGGUUUUGAGAAACAUUUGGCUGUAUAUUUCUUUUAAAUUAUACUUUUUAUGUGUUAGACAUUCCAUCUUUAAUUAUUAGCAGUUAAAAAUUAUAUAGCAUAUGUUUCAAUAGAGCUCAUCACCAAUGUAAAAUUAUUGCAGACACAUUGUAAUUGUAACCCUAUGUUCACUUCAUGAGUAUAUAAUCAUUGUUUGUUAAAUUGCCGUACAUGAAAAGUAACUUUUAAAAUAAUUCACUGGUGCAAUAAUUUGAAUGAAAAAUAUGACACUGAUGUCCCUUUUUGAUUAAAAAGAAUGUGUCCUUUUUCUCUUUGAUUUUUUUUACAUUUCUUUUGUAAUGUCUGUAACCCUAAGUCGUGUUGUUUUAAUAACUUAUUAUUCUAUGGUGUCUUAAAUUAAUGAAUCAAAUAGUGACUUCAAAGGUGAACUUUGCAAGCACUUUUAAAAUGUAUUACUGCUCGUUUUUUUUUAAUAAACUUUUCUUGUUAUCUUCAUGUGGACGCCUAACAAAUUGACAAUCAUUUGUGUUUAUUUUAACUACAGUGGUACCUUGAGAUAAAUUUAAUUUGUUAUGUUACAGUUACAUUAAUCGUUUGUCAAAUUGUUAGUAUCCUAAAGCCAUUUUUUUUCUAUUAAAAUUAUAUGAAAUGCUUAAUUCAUUCCAGCCUGCAAAAUGCCACCACAGUUGUUUUUGUUACAUAUUUUCAAUAAGAAAAAU